AAAACAAAAAUUGAAAAUAAGAUCCGAUCGCUUAUUGAUUGAUGCCUUGAAUUCCUCUCUCUCUCUAAACAAAAACAACUCUUCUGUGUCUAAAUGGUGGUGGUGGUGGGUACUAGUAAGAAGAGUUUGAUUCAAUUCAGGGUUCAUUCAGGGUUCAGGAGCUGCUGAUUUAUUCAAUCUCCAAUGCCUGAUUCCAUCACAAGAAGAAGAAGAAAUCAAUUUCAUAUAUCAUCAUCAUCAGGAUCGAUCUGCAGCUGUGAUUGUUAUAAGAUUGGCGGUGGUGGAUCUAAUCAAUGGUGAUGUUACAACCAUUUGGAUGUCUUGUUGUUCCUUUUCAAUUUAAUAAUAUUGUUGUAACAUCAAAAUCAGUAUCAGCACCGACGGAGAAGAAUAAGAAUAUACUGUUACUAAGAGGGGGAAGAAGAAGACGAUGCAGCUUCAUUUCUCUCCUAGUAUGAGAAGUAUAACCAUUAGUAGUAACCAGUAUGGGUUUUUUGAUUUGAUGAAGAUCAAGAUUGGAGCUCGACACAUUUCUUACCGUACCUUAUUUCAUACUAUACUUUUCUUAGCUUUCUUGUUACCUUUUGUAUUCAUUCUUACUGCUCUUGUUACUCUCGAAGGUGUCAAUAAGUGUUCUUCUCUUGAUUGUUUGGGGAGGCGAUUAGGACCUAGAUUUCUCGGCAGGGGUGAUGAUUCAGUGCGGCUUGUUCAGGAGUUUUACAAGAUCCUUUACCAAGUGAAUUCUGAAGAUAUCCCAAAUGGAAUCAAGCUGCCAGAGUCAUUUAGCCAGCUUGUUACUGAAAUGAAAGACAAUCGUUACGAUGCCAAGACGUUUGCAAUCACUUUAAAAGCCAUGAUGGAGAAGUAUGACAGGGAGGUCAGGCAGUCCAAGUUUGCGGAAUUAAUGAACAAACAUUUUGCGGCAAGUGCCAUUCCAAAAGGCAUUCACUGUCUCUCCUUGCGCUUGACUGACGAAUACUCCUCUAAUGCUCAUGCACGAAGACAGUUGCCAUCUCCAGAGUUUCUGCCGCUGCUCUCUGACAACUCUUACCAUCACUUCGUUCUGGCUUCUGAUAAUAUUUUGGCAGCCGCUGUAGUGGUAUCUUCUGCAGUCCAAUCGGCUAUAAAACCUGAAAAGAUUGUGUUUCAUAUUAUCACUGAUAAGAAGACUUACGCUGGUAUGCACUCAUGGUUUGCUCUGAAUCCUCACUCCCCUGCAAUUGUCGAGGUGAAGGGUGUUCAUCAGUUUGAUUGGUUAACAAGAGAAAAUGUACCAGUUCUUGAAGCUGUGGAGAACUUCCAUGGGAUAAGAAACUAUUAUCAUGGAAACCAUAUUGCUGGGGCCAACCUAAGUGAGACUACUCCAAGGAGAUUUGCUUCGAAGUUGCAAGCCAGGAGUCCAAAGUACAUUUCAAUACUUAACCAUCUCCGGAUAUAUCUUCCAGAGCUAUUCCCUAACCUCGACAAGGUGGUCUUUUUAGAUGAUGAUGUUGUAGUUCAACGUGACUUGUCAGCCUUGUGGGAAAUCGAUCUUAUGGGCAAGGUUAAUGGGGCUGUGGAAACUUGUACAGGGAAAGAUGAGUGGGUGAUGUCGAAGCGCUUCAGGACCUACUUCAACUUCUCUCAUCCCCUCGUAGCUCAAAGUUUGAAUCCUGAUGAAUGUGCAUGGGCGUAUGGGAUGAAUAUCUUUGAUCUCCAUGCAUGGAGGAAGACAAAUAUCAGGGACACCUAUCAUUCCUGGCUUAAAGAGAAUCUGAAAUCGAACAUGACAAUGUGGAAGCUUGGGACACUCCCCCCUGCUCUGAUUGCCUUCAAGGGGCAUGUUCACCCCAUUGAUCCAUCUUGGCAUAUGCUAGGUUUGGGUUACCAGGAAAAAUCGGACAUUGAAAGUGUGAAAAAGGCUGCAGUGAUCCACUACAAUGGUCAAUCUAAACCAUGGUUGGAGAUUGGCUUUGAGCACCUUCGGCCAUUUUGGACUAAGUAUGUCAACUAUACCAAUGACUUCAUAAGAAACUGCCACAUCUUGGAUUCGUGAAAUAUUACAUGUAGAAUACGGGAAAAAGAGAAAGAAGAUCGAGAAAGAUAUAACUGGGAAUGAGGUAGCAUUUGUUAUUGUACGUCGGAAGUUCAAGAUUCGGGUAAAAGAUGAAUAAAAGGAAAAGCUGGCCUUGUGGUAUUGCUAUUUGAACUAGAUAGUGUACCAUCUCCCACGUAGUAAGAGCAGCUCUGCAUUGUUUGCAAGGGGUUACUAAGGGCAUUCUUUCAAUCUGUAACAUAGUGCAUCAGAUGCUUUAAUUUUGGAGGAAGAAGAAGGUUUCUUUCUAAUUCUGGUGGUAUAUAUUUGCCCCUGUUUUUUGGCGCUGAAUUCUCUGGGUGUCAGAUGACACGCAAUAAGGGUAACAGAUGAACACACACGAUCAUUAGGUGCCAGUUCAGAAUUUUCAUUUGAUGAGAGAUCGGAUAGAUAGCUGGAUUUUUUUCUUUCCCAAGGCACCCAAAUAUCCCCUUCAUAAUUUUUUUCCUAUAUAUUCUUUUUCUUAUUUUUCUCUUAUUUCUUCCAUUUUGGUCAGGUACCCCAUUUUUUCUACGUAAAUGUGUAUUUUUGUUGGUAAUCUUUAGAUUAGUUGUCAACGGACAUUGCUCUAUUACGGAUCCCAUUGAAUUUGGGGAACUAUUCUUAGGUAUUUGUUACAUUCAUGAGAAUAUUGGAAAUGUGCAGAUAAUUCUUUUCUAGCGACUGA